AUGGAAUAUCUCAGUAGAUUACUCAAGGGACUCAAGGAAGAGACAAACUUCAAGUAUUAUCCAAAACACUCCAAACUGGAUAUCACUCAUUUAUGCUUUGCAGAUGACUUGCUCAUUUUUUCUAGAGGAGAUCUAAAUUCCAUCAAGGCUCUCCAGAGAUUCUUUUCUCAGUUCUCACAAGCUUCAGGAUUGCAAGCCAAUCUCAACAAAAGUUCCAUUUAUUUUGGGGGAGUUCAGCUAAGAGGUAGAACACAAUUGGUACAGACUGUGUUGUUUGGAGUUCAAUCAUAUUGGGCACAACUUUUCAUUAAUCCUGCAAAGAUAAUCAAACUGAUUGAGGGGCAUUGUAAAAGCUAUUUGUGGUCAGGGUUUGGUUAUGUCAUUAAAAAGGCACUUGUUGCUUGGGAGAGAGUGUGUUGUCCUAAAUCUACAGGAAGCAUGGGACUGAUUAAUAUGCAAAUCUGA